GACUACUUCGUGCGAGGAGGUGGAGGAGUCGCGCAACCUGCGUCGCAACAAGUAUUUCCACGUCAACAAGUCGAAAUUGAGAUAAGUCCAGAAUGGAAACGUGAACUGCAGGAACAAGAAGAUCGACGACUACUUGGUAAGGGGUGGGGUACCAACCAAAAGCGAUUCCAUUUUCCCGAAGGGGAUAUGAUCGAGACGGUGCCAGAGCUGCGCGUGUCACGGUUUGUGGACUUUGUUCGGGUUCUCGGUCCAGAAAUCGACAAGAUGCUGACACCAGACCGGGAUUUUGACUACGAGAGUUUAUAUUCCGUCUAUGCGAUGGAGGACUACGCUUUGACGGCAGAAGAAUGCCACAUUUAAGGCUUCCACAAAUCCAUCUUCAAGGGCAUCCAGGAAACGUUUUUAGAGGGGAAACAGCUCUCAGGAUGCGCUUUAGGAUUGAUUCAGGGAAUGUCUAAGACAUACCCGACGUUCAUCACAUUUCACCACAUGCACAUAUUAGUAUUAGAAGGAGCUCUCGCCACAAAUCCAAGACUUCUACGAAAACGACCGCCAAACCACGUCACCCGAUCGAAACGAUGCAAAUGACAUAUCUACGUGCGGCUGUUGCUGUGGCGCUUGCGCACUUUGAUAAAGUCCCCUUUUGGGAGAUGACUGAGAAAGAGAAGCUGAGGCGAGACUUCAUACUCCAACAAGAGGAGAUGAGAGAAGUUUAUACCUCAACGACUGGAGAUGCGUUAAGGCUCUCACUAAUUCAUCCUGCAAGUGCAUCCUUGAAAAGUAUGAGGGAGUAUCUACCGGAGGGAACAAGUACUCGUCUCCCACACUACUUUUCAAGGAUGUACAUCAUCAAGGACGAAUAUCGGACAGCCCUAAAAAAUGAGGACGCUGCCACAAGAGCGAAGAUAAUGACUGAAGAGUGGAAGGCCGCUUUAGUCGAAGAGGUGUUGAACUUGAUCAAGAUGACUUACGACGCGUUUUCCUUGAAGCAAGUCGCGCCUCCGACGCCGUUGAUGAUGAACGCCGGGAAAACGUGGAACUUCGCAACUUGCUUUACUUAUGGGUGUAGCUGUAGGGAAUUCGAAUUCAUCAUCUGAAUGGUUCUGGUAUUUGGUAACCUGAAUUUGAUCCUAACAAGGGUUCUCUUCUUGUUUUCCCUUAGGAUCAAACUCAGGUUACCAAAUACCAGAACCAUUCACAUCCCCAAACAAAGCAUCUCUUAGAGAGAGAACAAGACACGUCGAGGGAAAAGAGGCCCAGAAGAUGAUCCCUGGGAUGAGUCUCCUACUCGCUCCUACGCAUUUUCUAAUUUACUCAGGG